AAUGAGUUAGGUGGGGAGCUACCGAUAUGAUAUACAAGUCUGGAGGGAAAUAAAGAAGAGCUGGGACCCCAUGCUUUAUAGAACUGCAGUCCGUUUUGACUUUUCGAUGAAAAUCACCAUGGCUCCUAGCAUUUGGAUGGAUUCAAAGAAGCAAACUUUGUUGUAAUUAAAAUCUCAAUCUUUAAUUUAUCCGCCGCCCUUCAUUUUCUGCAGCCAGCCGGCUUCAAAUUUUUAGAAGCGUUGAAGCAGCCAAUUGGCGAGAUGCCUAUUUUGGCUCCAAAUUGAAGAUGAAUCCUUCCUGACAAGAAUGAGGCUGACUUUGAAGUUUUACGCCUCUUCUUCUGCAACGAAGAAAUCUGCUUCUCAGGAAGAAGACAUAACUCACAAUCAGAAAGGGUUACGGAUGUUCUCCAGAUUCUUUCUGCUGUUUGCUGUAUUUGCUGCUGGACUUCAGGGUGGACUUGGAGAUACCAAUCCUCAAGAUGCUGCGGCUCUUAGAUCUCUGAUGAGCCAAUGGCAGAACACACCGCCGAGCUGGGGAAAUAAUGAUCCUUGCAGUACGCCAUGGGAAGGAAUUGUGUGCAGUGACUCCAGGGUAACCAUGCUAACCCUAAACACGAUGGGAAUCAAGGGCACGUUGAGUAGCGAUAUAUCCCAACUAACCCAGCUGCAAUCACUGGAUUUGUCUUUAAACAGUGAUCUGGGUGGCCCAAUUCCUCCAAGCAUUGAAAAUCUGAAGCAGCUCACCACCCUGAUCUUGGCUGGUUGCAGUUUCACCGGUAACAUUCCACAGGAGCUCGGCAACAUGGCUAAGCUCUCAUUCUUGGCUCUCAACUCAAAUAAGCUCACUGGAAGGAUACCGUCUUCAAUGGGACUGCUCUCUAAUCUAUACUGGUUCGACCUAGGAGAUAACCAGCUCACCGGAGUUAUCCCAGUUUCCUCAAACAGCACCCCUGGCUUGGACCAGCUUGUCAACACAAAGCAUUUCCAUUUCAACAAAAACCAGUUAUCAGGCGCAAUACCAGAAAGUCUCUUCAGUUCCAAGAUGACGCUUAUCCAUUUACUCUUCGAUUCAAACAAAUUUACAGGCCAGAUUCCAGAAUCCCUAGGACUCGUAAAAUCACUAGAGGUUCUACGACUCGAUAGGAAUUCCCUAGGCGGUACAGUUCCUUCUAACAUAAACAACCUAGUCAGACUCAACGAGCUGAGUUUGGCUAAUAAUGAACUAACUGGAUCAAUUCCCGAUCUGACGGGGAUGAGCCUUCUCAACUAUGUGGAUCUGAGCAACAAUUCUUUUGAUCCUAGUCCAGCUCCAAACUGGUUCUCAACACUUGAAACCCUAACAACUCUGGUGCUGGAAUCUGGAGGGCUCUAUGGGAACAUUCCAACACAAAUGUUCAGUUUUCCCCAAAUGCAACAAGUGUUACUAAGUAACAAUGCAUUCAAUGGUACCCUAGAUUUGGAUAAAACCAGCUCAGAGUUGCAGCUCGUGGAUUUCAAAAACAACGCCAUUUCUGGGUUCAAAUCAUCUCCGGGAUUCAGUGAAAACCUAAUACUCUACGGGAAUCCAGUGUGCACUACGCAGCUAGUAAAUUCCAUUUACUGCAGCCUUCAACAAGAGCUGCAACAGCCUUAUUCCACAAACCUAUCACAUUGUAAUUCUCCUUCAUGUCCCCUCGAUCAAAGUGUUAACCCUAAGAACUGUGAGUGUGCUUACCCAUACGAGGGUUGGUUAGUAUUCCGAGCACCUUUCUUUCGGGAUACGUCAAACAGUUCAAGGUUCCAGGAACUAGAAAACAGUCUUUGGACUCAAUUAAAGCUUUCUCCCCAUUCUGUCUCUCUCUCAAACCUCCUCCAUAACCGAGACAACUACCUGCAAGUAGAUGCAAAACUCUUUCCAUCUCGAAUGUAUUUCAACCGAUUAGAGGUUAUCAAAAUUGGGUUUGCUCUGAGCAACCAGAGCUUCGACCCUCCGAGCAUUUUUGGACCAUACUAUUUCAUCGCCUCUGCUUACCCUUUCUCAUCAGUCAACAAUGGCGGAGGAAGCUCAAUGAGUACAGGAGUAAUCGCUGGAAUUGCGAUUGGUUGUGUCCUUCUACUUAUUGUACUUUUCGUUGUUGGAAUCUAUGCCUUAAGACAGAAGAGGAGAGCCCAGAGAGCCGUAGAACAAAGCAAGCCUUAUGCAUCAUGGCUAUCCGCUGGAAAAGAAAGCGAUGGUGCACCGCAACUAAAAGGAGCAAGAUAUUUUUCCUAUGAAGAACUCAGAAAGAGCACUAAUAAUUUUGCAGAAGCUAAUGAAAUCGGAUCUGGAGGCUAUGGCAAGGUCUACAAAGGAUAUCUUUCAAGUGGGGAAGUAGUAGCAGUCAAGAGAGCACAACAAGGAUCCAUGCAGGGUGGCCAUGAAUUCAAGACUGAGAUUGAAUUACUUUCAAGGGUUCAUCACAAAAACCUCGUAGGUCUAGUAGGUUUUUGCUUUGAGCAAGGAGAGCAAAUGCUGGUAUAUGAGUACAUCCCAAAUGGAACCCUAAGAGAAAGCUUAAUUGGUAAAAAUGGCAUAAAACUGGACUGGCCCAGGAGACUUAAAGUUGCUCUAGGUUCAGCAAGAGGGUUAGCUUAUCUCCAUGAACUAGCAGACCCACCAAUAAUCCACAGAGAUGUCAAAUCUACCAAUAUUCUUCUGGAUGAGAAUUUGAUUGCAAAGGUUGCCGAUUUUGGGCUUUCAAAGCUUGUAUCAGACAGUCAAAAGGGGCAUAUUUCCACCCAAGUCAAGGGAACCUUGGGCUAUUUAGAUCCAGAAUAUUAUAUGACCCAACAGUUGACAGAAAAGAGUGAUGUUUACAGUUUUGGAGUGGUUAUGUUAGAAUUGAUAAUUGCGAAGCAACCAAUAGAGAAAGGGAAGUAUAUUGUUAGGGAGGUGAGAAUGACUUUAAAUGAGAAGGACAAUGAGUACUAUGGUCUGAGGGAGAUGAUGGAUCCUGCAUUACGCAGCACAACAAAUCUUACAGGAUUCAGGAGAUUUGUAGAGCUGGCCAUGCAGUGUGUUGAAGAAUCCGCUGCGCAGCGUCCGACGAUGAAUCAAUUGGUUAAGGAAAUUGAAACUUUGUUGCAGAAUGCGGGGCUGAGCUCGAAUGCGAAUUCUACGCCUUCAUCUGCGACGGACUUUGGGAGCACGACGAAUGCUCAUCAUCCAUACAAUGAACCGCUGCCUGGGAAGGAGCUGCAUAGUGAUUCUUCCUUUGAUUACACUGGUGGUUAUUCAUUUGCCUCCAGAAUUGAACCCAAAUAGUGAUGUUUUUUUAUAUUUUUUUAAUAGAUUGUUUGGUAAAUAUUUAAAUGUUUUUGAAAAAUAUGAAGGAUUGUAGUUUUAUAUAGCAAGGUGGAGAAAAUCAGGCAUUUUAAGUGUUCAGUGGUUUGGAGGUGGAAAAUGCAAUAAUCAAGAAGCUAGUAAUGAGAUUUAAAGUCAUUAGAGUCUUAUUCUUUUUCAGAAGACUUGUUCAAAGCAACAGGAGGAAUUUAUUCUUUUUUA